UUCCUAGAAUGGGUUGGUUUCUCACUUUGUUUUUCUUUCUUCUUGUCUCUUAUUCCACGGCUUGUGAUCGUUGUGUUCAUCAAUCCAAAGCUACUCACUAUCGUUACGAUGUGCCUGCUUCAUAUGGAUCAACAUGUGGAUAUGGAAAAUUAGAGUUUGAAAUUUCCAAAGGAUACUUUGCAGCUGUUCUCCCUUCCCUUUAUAAACAAGGAGCUUCCUGUGGUGCUUGCUAUAAAGUAAGAUGUAAAAACAAGACAUUAUGCAAUCGAAUAGGGAGCAAAGUAGUUGUGACAGACAUACAUUACAAUAAUGGAACUGAUUUUGUUCUAAGUAAAAAAGCUUUCUCUUCCAUGGCUUCGAAGGGCAAGACUCUUUUGAAUAUUGAUACCAUCCAAGUCGAAUACAAGAGGAUACCAUGUGAAUACAAAAACAAAAAUUUAUUGGUGGAAAUUGUAGAAUGGAGCCACAAACCAGAAGUUUUGGCAAUAAAAUUCCUAUACCAAGGUGGCCAAACUGACAUACUAGCAGUUAAUAUAACUCAGGUUGGGUUAGAGAAAUCAUGGAGAGGGAUGAUAAGGAACUUUGGUGCAAUUUGGUAUAUACCAAAUGUAGUUGAAGGAGCACUAAAGUUAAAAAUGAUGGUAGGUUCUGGAUAUAAUAACAACAAAUGGAUUUCAACAAAGUAUGCAAUUCCUGCUGAUUGGAAAAAUGGAAAAAUCUAUGAUACUGGAAUUCAAAUCAAGGAUCAUAUUCUCGAAAAUUGCCCACCUCACAAAUGUGGUGACAAGCCAUGGAAGUGAAGGAAAAAUUGAUAAAUUUAUGAUACUUUUUUUAAUUAGAAAGAUAAUAUUUGACCUCUUGAUCGAGGACAAAUUAUGAACUGAAGCUGUGGUUAUU